ACCCCCCAAAUGGGCUACUGACACCCCCCUGUGGCUACUGACCCCCCCAAAUGGGCUACUGACACCCCCUGUGGCUACUGACCCCCCCAAAUGGGCUACUGACCCCCCCCCUGUGGCUACUGACCCCCCCAAAUGGGCUACUGACCCCCCCUGCCCGCAGGUCAGCGCUGCUCUGCUGGGUUUGUGCCUUCGGGAGCUUUUCCAGUUCCGUCUGGUCCAAACCGACCCCAACUGGGCCAAUUUCCUCUAUGACCCCCAGGAGGAGACGCUGACUCUGCUGGAUUUUGGGGCCACUCGCUCCUUCAGUAAGGAAUUCACUGACCACUACAUCGAGGUGAUCCGGGCAGCAGCCGACAGGGACGGGACAAGGUGCUGCAGAAGUCGCGGGACCUCGGCUUCCUCACGGGCUUCGAGACACAGGCGUUCGAGGCAGCUCACGUGGAGGCCGUGCUCAUCCUGGGCGAAGCGUUUUCAGGGGUGCAGCCCUUUGAUUUUGGGGUACAGGCCACAGCCAGGAGGCUCCAGGAGCUGCUCCCCACCCUGCUCCAGCACCGCCUCACGCCCCCCCCCGGAGGAAACUUACUCCCUGCACCGCAAACUGGCCGGAACCUUCCUGGCUUGUGCCCACCUUGGGGGGAGAGUCCCCUGCAGGAGCCUCUUUGAGGAGCAAUAUGCUCGGUAUUGGGACCCCCCAAAAGUUAAAGAGGGGUCCCCACAGGUUGAGGGGUCCCCCCUGAGUGAGGGGAUACCCCCUGGCAUGGAUGGGAUGCAAAGUGGGGAGGGGGCACCCCCUGGAAGUUAAAGGGGUGAGGGGAAGCUGGUGAUGGUCAGGGGGGCUCUGGUGUGACCCCCCCCACACACCCCCAAAAUCAGGGGGGACACCCCACUAAAGUCUGGGGGGCUCCCCUUCACCCCAUUGAUGAGAGACCCCCCACUAACAUUGAGGGGAGCCCCCUAAAACCAGGGGGACCCCACUGAACUGAGACCCCCCCCAGCCCCAAAUAGGGGGACCCCCCCACCCUUAAAUUGGGGGGCUCCUCUGCAGUGAGCACCCUGAUUGAUGGGACCCCCCAAAUCGAGGGGACACCCCUUAAUUGAUGGGACCCCCCACUAAAGUCUGGGGGCUCCCCUUCACCCCAUUGAUGAGAGACCCCCCUCUAACAUUGAGGGGAGCCCCCUAAAACCAGGGGACCCCACUGAACUGAGACCCCCCCCAGCCCCAAAUAGGGGGGACCCCCCACCCUUAAAUUGGGGGGCUCCUCUGCAGUGAGCACCCUGAUUGAUGGGACCCCCCCAAAUCGAGGGGACACCCCUUAAUUGAUGGGACCCCCCCACUAAAGUCUGGGGGCUCCCCUUCACCCCAUUGAUGAGAGACCCCCUCUAACAUUGAGGGGAGCCCCCUAAAACCAGGGGGACCCCACUGAACUGAGACCCCCCCCAGCCCCAAAUAGGGGGGACCCCCCCACCCUUAAAUUGGGGGGCUCCUCUGCAGUGAGAGACCCCCCUCUUCACCCCAGUGAGGGGACACCCCCUGAUUGAUGGGACCCCCCCAAAUCGAGGGGACACCCCCUGAUGGGACCCCCCACUAAAAUCUGGGGGGCUCCCCUUCACCCCAUUGAUGAGAGACCCCCACUAACAUUGAGGGGAGCCCCCUAAAACCAGGGGGACCCCACUGAACUGAGACCCCCCCCAGCCCCAAAUAGGGGGGACCCCCCCACCCUUAAAUUGGGGGGCUCCUCUGCAGUGAGAGACCCCCCUCUUCACCCCAGUGAGGGGACACCCCUGAUUGAUGGGACCCCCCCAAAUCGAGGGGACACCCCCUGAUUGAUGGGACCCCCCCAAAUCGAGGGGACACCCCUUAAUUGAUGGGACACCGCGUCUAGAACCGGGGGGGACCCCCCUAAAAUAGGGGAGACCCCCCCCCAUGCUGCUGCCCCCCUCCCCAAUAAAGGUUUGUUCAACCCCCCUGAGGCGGCCUCGAGGGGAGGAGCAAAGCGGCUGA